AUGACAAAAAAAGAACAACCAAUCAAGAGAGAAGAUAAACAACAAUUCCAACAACAACAACAACAACAACAACAGGGUGGCCCAAAACAACAACAAUUGCAACAACAAACAGCUGAAAAAUUAUCACCAGAAGCAGAGGCAAUCAAAAGACAACAAUUAGAAGCUGACGACCAAGAAUUCAAUAGAAUAGUCUACUUGGAAAAGGCAAUAGAACCAUUAACAAAAGCUGGAAAGUCAUCAGACCAAGUAGAGGAAUUCAAAGUGUACAUGAAAAUCAUCGAUAAUAUGAAGGCAGAGGAGAAAGCAAACCCAAAGGUUUUUGAGAAAUAUGCUUUCAAGAUUAAACAAAGAAUUUGUGCUGAUGCUGCAGUAUCUUCGUCUCAACUAUCAUCUAUGUUGACUACAUUUGGCAAUGCCAAGGUUAUCUUUGAUGUUUUAUCUAGAUACAAGAAACUUGGUAAAGAAAUUCCAAAGAAUGCAUCAGAGAUUCAAAAAUUCUUUAAAGAGAACAAAGAUGGUAUCAGAGACGAAAUGACAAAGAUGAGAAAGGAAGAGGAGCCAUCAAAGAAUAGAUUUAUGAUUAGAUAA